UCCUACCCUCCCCACUCCGUCAUGUUUGUUGUCACACUCAGCUGAAAGAAGCAGAGUUCAUUGAAGUGUAGGGUAAACAGAAAAAAGCUUUUGGGCGAACUUAUCUCUGGCGGAAAGAGAAACGCGGUUUGUUUCAAAACAUCAUGGCGUCGAGAAGAACAACAACAGUGCCAAGUAGUUUCAAAAAUGCCUCCAUCGACGCUAAAAGCUCAAAAAGUGGGAGCAAUGCUAAUAAAGCCAACAACAGUGGAACUGGGAAGAAAGGUGUUAAAUCAAGUGGAACUAUAGUCAAGUCUCGAUAUAUGCAGGCUGCUGAGAAGACAUCACUUUCAAAGAGUAACUCACUGACCAAUGAGUCUAUUGCUGUGCCACCACGGCCUUCCUCACCUAAACCCAGUGGUGUAAGACCAAAGGUGGGCACUCCACCAAGACGCUCAAUGGCCCCACAGGCUCUAACUUCAAUGUCGCGCGAAACGGAGCCAUCACUGCUCGGGAAAAGUAUUCUGCAGUCUACUUUCUCAGAUGGACACUGCUUUCGACCAGAUUUUGACAUUUCAGUCAUUAAAGAUAAAACAGUGAUAGAAAAUGCCACCGAACCUGAGAGAAACCCAGAGAUUGAGAAGAGGGACAUGAAGAUGCAAACAUUCCUACUGGCAUACUUAACAGCUAAGAUGGAGCACAAUACUGCAAAACUUAAAGCAGAGGCAGAGGCAAGGAUUCUGCAGAUGAUGGAGGAAGAAGAGGCACUGCGUAAUGAGGUCCAUGAGAAGAAGUGCCGAUACCUGCUUGCAGAAAAGAACAGGCUGGGGAAUGAGCUACUGGAUUUGCAGAUUGCUGCACUGACUCCUGUGGCAGAGGCUGCGAAGCAGUUCACAGAGGACUACAAAUGUUUUGCAACAGCUGUUGACACCACCCGACAUGAGCUGCCUGUGAAGAACUUCUACAUUGAUGGGGACAGAAGAGAAUUUCUAGAUAAAGCUGAAGCUUCCCUAAAGGAGAGUGAGAAGUUGCUGAUGGAGUGCACAGAGGGAGAUCAUAAGGACAACAGCAGCUCUCUAGAGUGCCUUAGGGACAUGAAAAUGACAUCAAAGGACAUCAGUCAGCAACUGUCAGGUGCAUUUUCAGAGCUGCUGGAACUGUCAUCAUUGGUCUGCCGCCAUACAAUCCAUGUCCAGCAAGGUAUUGAGGAGGAGCAUCUCGGCACACCAAGAACCCACGAGCUCUACUGCCCCAAACAGUGAAAGAUACAACACAGGAAGGGAUACACAGUACAUGCACUUUGAAACCCCCACCCCCACCCCCACCCCCA